GCCAUUUUGAAGCGGAGAGGAGGAGGAACGGCCGGGCUGGCUGCGGAAGGGGAGGGGGGCGGGAGGCGAUUGGAUGCGGCGGCGACGGCGGCGGCGGCGGCGGACCUCGCAGAGAGCAGCCGAGUGAGAGGAGUAAGCGAGUCGGGCACCCGGAGGGGUAAGAUAUUUCCACCAUGGCUCACUCAAAGACAAGGACUAAUGAUGGAAAAAUUACUUAUCCUCCUGGUGUCAAGGAGAUCUCAGACAAAAUAUCUAAAGAGGAGAUGGUGAGACGGUUAAAGAUGGUUGUGAAAACGUUCAUGGAUAUGGACCAGGACUCUGAAGAAGAAAAGGAGCUUUACCUAAACCUAGCUUUACAUCUUGCUUCAGAUUUUUUCCUCAAGCAUCCUGAUAAAGAUGUUCGUUUAUUGGUAGCCUGUUGCCUUGCAGAUAUUUUCAGGAUUUAUGCUCCUGAAGCUCCUUAUACAUCCCCUGACAAACUAAAGGAUAUAUUUAUGUUUAUAACACGGCAGUUGAAAGGGCUGGAGGAUACAAAGAGCCCACAGUUCAAUAGGUAUUUUUAUUUGCUUGAGAACAUUGCUUGGGUCAAGUCAUAUAACAUAUGCUUUGAAUUAGAAGAUAGUAAUGAAAUUUUUACCCAGUUAUACAGAACAUUAUUUUCAGUGAUAAAUAAUGGCCAUAAUCAGAAAGUUCAUAUGCACAUGGUAGACCUCAUGAGCUCUAUAAUCUGUGAAGGUGAUACAGUAUCUCAGGAGCUUCUGGAUACAGUUUUAGUAAAUCUGGUACCUGCCCAUAAGAACUUAAACAAGCAAGCAUAUGAUCUGGCAAAAGCUUUACUGAAGAGGACUGCUCAAGCCAUUGAACCCUAUAUUACCAAUUUUUUUAAUCAGGUUCUCAUGCUUGGGAAGACCUCCAUCAGUGAUUUGUCAGAGCAUGUCUUUGACUUAAUUCUGGAGCUCUACAAUAUUGAUAGUCAUUUGCUGCUUUCUGUUUUACCCCAGCUUGAAUUUAAAUUAAAGAGUAAUGAUAAUGAAGAACGCUUACAGGUUGUUAAACUACUUGCAAAAAUGUUUGGGGCAAAGGAUUCCGAAUUGGCUUCUCAAAACAAGCCACUUUGGCAGUGCUACUUGGGCAGGUUUAAUGAUAUCCAUGUACCAAUCCGCCUGGAAUGUGUGAAAUUUGCUAGCCAUUGUCUCAUGAACCAUCCUGAUUUAGCGAAGGAUUUGACAGAGUAUCUUAAAGUUCGGUCACAUGACCCCGAGGAAGCUAUUCGACAUGAUGUAAUCGUAUCCAUAGUUACAGCUGCGCGAAAGGACAUUCUUCUCGUCAAUGAUCAUUUACUUAAUUUUGUGAGAGAGAGAACAUUAGACAAACGGUGGCGAGUACGCAAAGAAGCCAUGAUGGGACUUGCCCAAAUUUAUAAGAAAUAUGCCUUACAAUCAGCAGCAGGAAAAGAUGCUGCAAAACAGAUAUCAUGGAUCAAAGACAAAUUACUACAUAUAUAUUAUCAAAAUAGUAUUGAUGAUCGAUUGCUUGUUGAACGGAUCUUUGCCCAAUAUAUGGUCCCCCAUAAUUUGGAAACCACUGAGCGGAUGAAGUGCUUGUAUUACUUGUAUGCCACACUGGAUUUAAAUGCUGUGAAAGCAUUGAAUGAAAUGUGGAAAUGUCAAAAUCUACUUCGACAUCAAGUAAAGGAUUUACUUGACUUAAUUAAACAACCUAAAACUGAUGCCAGUGUCAAGGCCAUAUUUUCCAAAGUGAUGGUUAUUACAAGGAAUCUGCCAGAUCCUGGUAAGGCACAAGAUUUUAUGAAGAAAUUCACACAGGUGUUAGAAGAUGAUGAGAAAAUAAGGAAACAGUUAGAAGUACUUGUUAGUCCAACAUGUUCCUGCAAGCAGGCUGAAGGUUGUGUGCGUGAGAUAACCAAGAAGUUGGGCAAUCCCAAACAACCUACAAAUCCUUUCUUGGAGAUGAUAAAGUUUCUCUUGGAGAGGAUAGCACCUGUACACAUCGAUACUGAAUCAAUCAGUGCUCUUAUUAAGCAAGUUAACAAAUCAAUAGAUGGCACAGCUGAUGAUGAAGAUGAGGGAGUUCCAACUGAUCAAGCCAUCAGAGCAGGCCUUGAACUGCUGAAGGUACUCUCAUUUACACAUCCCAUCUCAUUUCAUUCUGCUGAAACAUUUGAGUCACUCCUAGCGUGCCUGAAAAUGGAUGAUGAGAAAGUAGCAGAAGCUGCACUACAAAUCUUCAAAAAUACAGGAAGCAAAAUUGAAGAAGAUUUCCCACAUAUCAGAUCAGCCUUGCUACCUGUUCUACAUCAUAAAUCUAAGAAAGGACCCCCCCGUCAAGCUAAAUAUGCAAUUCACUGUAUCCAUGCAAUAUUUUCUAGCAAGGAGACCCAGUUUGCUCAGAUAUUUGAGCCUCUACAUAAAAGUCUAGAUCCAAGCAACCUGGAACAUCUCAUCACACCCUUGGUUACUAUUGGUCACAUUGCUCUCCUUGCACCUGAUCAGUUCGCUGCGCCGUUGAAGUCUUUGGUAGCUACUUUCAUUGUGAAAGAUCUUCUCAUGAACGAUCGGCUUCCAGGGAAAAAGACAACUAAACUUUGGGUUCCAGAUGAAGAAGUUUCUCCUGAAACAAUGGUCAAAAUUCAGGCUAUUAAAAUGAUGGUUCGAUGGCUACUUGGAAUGAAAAACAAUCACAGUAAAUCAGGAACUUCUACCUUGAGAUUGUUAACAACAAUACUGCAUAGUGAUGGAGACUUGACAGAACAAGGGAAAAUUAGUAAACCAGAUAUGUCGCGCUUGAGACUGGCUGCUGGGAGUGCGAUUGUGAAGCUAGCACAAGAACCUUGUUAUCAUGAAAUCAUCACAUUGGAACAGUAUCAGCUAUGUGCAUUAGCUAUUAAUGAUGAGUGCUAUCAAGUUAGACAAGUAUUUGCUCAGAAACUUCACAAAGGCCUGUCCCGAUUACGCCUUCCACUUGAAUAUAUGGCAAUCUGUGCCCUUUGUGCAAAAGAUCCCGUGAAAGAGAGACGAGCUCAUGCUAGACAGUGUUUGGUAAAAAAUAUAAAUGUGAGACGAGAAUAUCUGAAGCAGCAUGCCGCUGUUAGUGAGAAAUUGUUGUCUCUUCUACCAGAGUAUGUUGUUCCAUAUACAAUUCACCUUUUGGCACAUGACCCAGAUUAUGUCAAAGUCCAAGAUAUUGAACAACUUAAAGAUGUUAAAGAAUGUCUUUGGUUUGUUUUGGAAAUAUUAAUGGCUAAAAAUGAAAAUAACAGUCAUGCAUUUAUCAGAAAGAUGGUAGAAAAUAUUAAACAAACGAAAGAUGCCCAAGGACCAGAUGAUGCAAAAAUGAAUGAGAAACUGUAUACUGUAUGUGAUGUUGCCAUGAAUAUAAUUAUGUCAAAGAGUACUACAUACAGUUUGGAGUCUCCAAAGGACCCAGUACUACCAGCUCGUUUUUUCACUCAACCUGACAAGAAUUUCAGUAACACCAAAAAUUAUCUGCCUCCAGAAAUGAAAUCAUUUUUUACUCCUGGAAAACCUAAAACAACCAAUGUUCUAGGAGCUGUUAAUAAGCCACUUUCAUCAGCAGGCAAGCAGUCUCAGACCAAAUCAUCACGGAUGGAAACUGUAAGCAAUGCCAGCAGCAGCUCAAACCCAAGCUCUCCUGGAAGGAUAAAGGGGAGGCUCGAUAGUUCGGAAAUGGAUCACAGUGAAAAUGAAGAUUACACAAUGUCUUCACCUUUGCCUGGAAAAAAAAGUGACAAGAGGGACGACUCUGAUCUUGUAAGGUCUGAAUUGGAAAAACCUAGAAGUCGGAAAAAAACUCCUGUCACAGAUGCAGAGGAAAAAUUAGGUAUGGAUGACCUAACUAAGUUGGUGCAGGAACAGAAGCCUAAAGGCAUUCAACGAGGACGGAAGCGAGGACAUGCGACCUCGGAGUCCGAUGAGCAGCCCUGGCCUGAGGACAAGAGGCUGAAGGAGGACAUGCUGGAAAACGAGGAUGAACAGAACAGCCCGCCCAAAAAGGGCAAAAGAGGGCGCCCUCCAAAACCCCUGGGUGCCGGUACACCCAAAGAAGAACCAACUCUGAAAACUUCUAAAAAAGGAAGCAAAAAAAAAUCAGGACCUGCAGAGGAGGAGGAGGAAGAAGAAAGACAAAGUAGCAGUAGCGAGCAGAAGUCCAAGAGCAAACAGCACCGGGCAUCCAGGAGAGCACAGCAGAGCAGAGCAGAAUCUCCAGAAACUAGUGCAGUUGAAUCCAUACACUCCACACCACAGAAAGGACGGGGAAGACCAUCAAAAACGCCAUUACCAUCACAACCCAAAAAGAAUGUCCGUGUAGGACGCUCCAAACAAGCAGCUACUAAAGAAAAUGAUUCAAGUGAAGAAGUGGAGGUGUUCCAGGGUAGCUCUCCUGUCCCCGACGACGCUCCACAGGAAGAAACAGAGGAAGAGGAAGUUUCUACAGUAAAUGUACGGCGACGAAGUUCUAAAAGAGAAAGGCGAUGAACAAAUGUAUUAUUAGUCACUUUCUGUGUGAAAGUUUUGGAAAAAUCAUUUUUGUCAAGCUUGAGGCUAAAUAAAAGCCUUUAAUGCACAAAAUGGGACUGCUGAAGACUGGACAGUUGGACAUGCCUGUGAUGACUCACUUAUUUGUGGUCACACGAAUCAGCCAUACGCAUGGUGGUAUUGACUAUGGAGUUUGUGAAAGUGGAAUGUGCGAUGGCUUGUGUAAACAUCACCUAAAGAGAAAACUUGUACAUAUCUUUUUUGUUUCUAUUUUUUUUAAAUGUUUCUGACUUUUGAAGUGCUUGUAUAGCUUUUAUCAGCGGCUUUAAACUGACAGGACCCAACUGUUUAUUGGAUCUAUUGAUUUGAAAGAGUUUGUUAGAAUAGAUCUUAAGCAGCAGUCUGUCAGUGUUUGUAUUUGUAUUCUCUGCAGUUUUACUGUGAAAAAAAAUGUUUUCAACAAUUAGUGUCAUUUUCUGGAUGCCACUAUUUGUUGGAGAAUUCAGUGGUCUCUUUCCCUUGUGUAUUUAUCCAGUGUUUCUUCCUGGCACCGUUCCUCUUGAGAGGUGCUCAGUUGGCCGCCAUUCUGCCAGAGCCAGGCCUCUGUGGAGAGGACACCAAGCAAAUUGUGAAAUAGUCCUCGAGUGGUUUGAUUACUUCACACCUCAGUAUUGGGUCCAGAAUUUUUCUGGCUUUUCAUGGCAAUGGAAAUUUUAAGAAAGAGAUUUAAAAUAUUUUAAUUUUAAAAUAGUGUGUUAUAAAAUAAUGUACUGAAUUCUUUAUUCCAUUUUAUCAUCCCAUUUCAGUUUUUAUUAAUCUGCUGUAUCAAUAAAAUUCUGUAAUUUGAAUGAGUUUUUAAUAGUCUAGAAUGUUAUUGUGUAUAGGUAUUUCCUCUUGAGCAUUAUGUUCAGAAAGUGCAAAUUAUUAUGCUAUGAUACAAAAUCUGGUCUAUACACAUUAGAAAAGUUCCAGUUCUCCAUAACAGCAAAGUUAAUUAGAAAGAAAAAGAUUUUAUUGAUGCAGUGUGUCUUUAUAAAGCUGUUCUUGAAAGCCAGGUGUUUUGUAUUUUAUAGUGAGUUGCAUGUUUAUGAAAAAAGUGCUGAAAAUGGGAUGUGCUCUUUUCUGUAAAUUCGUAUGUAGCCAUAGUAUAUGAUAGAUUGCCCCAUAACAUAGUUUUUCAUCAAGAGUUUAUUGUACUUUAUUUUGGAGCCAAAAAAUUAUUUUAGGAGGGAGGGACAGGGUGGAAGUUAUAUAUAUCCAACUAUAUCAACUACUGUGGAUGACAGUCUUAUAUAAACUUGGAAGGAAAUUCUCUUCCAUGCUUAUUGGGAGAAGUGGGAAUUUAUUUGGAUUUAGAACAAAACAUUGUUUUCUACAUUGUAAUCUGCAAAAUAUAGAAACAUAUUACUUAAGACAGUAUCGUUUAUACAGUUGUGUAAACUGUUUUAAACCAAAACAUAUAGGUUACUACAUAAUGAAUACCUACAUUUGCUUUAGUAUUUCAGGUGCUGGUCUUUUAGGUUUUUUUCAUAAUUGUUAACACCAGAAAUGAAAAUCAUAUUCUAACCCAUUCAGUUUAUCACAUUGAGUAAUGAAGCAUUUUUAUGUAGUACAACAUUGCGUAAGGUAUAUUUCCAAGAUUGGUUAUCAUAGAUGGUGAAUAUAAUAAAGAAGCUACUAUUUUGGGAAAUGACAUUUUACUAUUUUUCAGUGUAUAUCACAGUUGAUAAAAUUGUUUUUCCCUUUUAAAUUUCUUGUUGAUGAAACAGCCUUUUAUUUUUUAAAAAAAUGUUUUGAAUUGUGUGUUUAUCUCUCAGAAUUUUAAUGCUAUUCUUCAUUUACAACCAUAGUGACAGCAGUGAUUAUUGGAGACUGCUGUCUAUCGGGUAACUAAUAUGGGCUCAAGAUACCUUGGUCCUUAAAUGGCUUACCGACUGGAUUCUAUGAAACACGUUAUUGCUAUUUCAUCAUUACAAUGGCAUGUCUUAAAAUAUGUAACAGAGAGUAAGGGAUAGCUUUGUAUUUUUGUUGUUAAUUAAAUUGCACCAGAAAUAUUUAUGGAAAUAUAUCUUUAAGACCAUUUUAUAAAACAUGAAAAAAUGAUUGUGAAGGAUUUUUAUUUGCAUGAUCGCAGUUAACCCAAUUUCAUUGCACAUUGAUGCUGUACAUCAGUUCACAGAAAUUGUUCCCUGUAGAUUUUAUGUUCAAUGCCAGUAAGUCUGUUAUUUUACAACCUAUCUACUCAGUCUUAGGAGGAAUAUGGUGUAAAUUUCUCGUUUUUUCUUCUGUGGAAAUGUAGAUGCAAUAAUGAUCAAAGUUUUGAUGUUCUGAUUCUCCAUCUUAGAUUAUCCUACGAUUAUGAUUACACGAAACAUUUCAUGUACUAACAUUUGGGGAGCCACACACUUUCACUGCAGUAAAAUUAAGUAUGUAUGAAACAUUGAUUGCUAACAGUUGUUAGCAAACUCUUGAGUGAAAAUGUCAUUUAGAAAAUAUGUGCUGUACAACGUUAAUGAUAAUAUUUAACUCUCUGUAACAAGCUCCAUUAUGAAAAUCUUAGGAUUCCUCAGUGAGGUUAUUUUGCUGCAUUCUGUGGCAAAUCUGUUUGUCUACAUUCUAAUAAAAUUCCUUGCUGCAGUGCAUCAGGAAGGUUUUUCAGUGGUCUCCACUGUAUAUGUAAAUUAAAAAUGUGGCUGUAAAAUUUGUUCCAGGUAUUAAAGUUUCAAUUAUUUUCUA